CGCGCAGAGCCCGGCCCCGCCAGCCGCCGAGCAAGCAGCCCCCCUUAAAUACCUCGGCAGCCGCCUCCGCGAGUGCACAGCUCGCCGAGCGAGGAGCCGAGCGGAGCCAGCCUCUCGCCAGCGCCAGGACCUGCGCGCCCGCGUACCGCCGCCCAGCAGCCGAGACACGGCCCCCAUGCCUGCGCACUUGCUGCAGGAGGAGGAGUUCUCCUCCACCUCCAGCACCACUGCUGUUGGCACAGUCACCUCCCGGGUGACCAGGAAUGGAAAUGCCGUCGUGGAGAAGGACUUACUCAAUCAUGAGGACUUGGCAGGAGACAGGGGCAUGAUAGACGAUAUCUUUGAUGAGACCUACCGGGAGAAAGAGGGCCCCAAGCCCCCUCUGCGAUACGUCUGGAGGAAUAUCAUCCUCAUGAGCCUGCUGCACCUAGGGGCCCUAUUCGCCUUGACACUGAUACCUUCUGCGAAGAUCCAGACUCUGGCAUGGGCUGUUCUAUGUUUCCUGGUGAGUGCUCUGGGGAUCACAGCUGGAUCUCACCGCCUCUGGAGUCAUCGGUCCUACAAAGCCACGCUGCCCCUGCGCAUCUUCCUGACUAUUGCCAACUCCAUGGCCUUCCAGAAUGACAUCUAUGAGUGGGUGCGGGACCACCGUGUCCACCACAAGUUCUCAGAAACAGACGCAGACCCGCACAACGCCAUGCGGGGCUUCUUCUUCUCCCACAUCGGCUGGCUGCUGGUGCGCAAGCACCCCGAUGUCAUCGAGAAGGGACAGAAGCUGGACCUCAGUGACAUAAAGGCUGACAAAGUGGUGAUGUUCCAGCGCAGAUACUACAAGCCCUCAGUGGUGUUGCUGUGCUUCACACUGCCAGCUGUAGUGCCCUGGUACUUCUGGGAUGAAUCCAUCGUCAUCAGCUUCUUCAUUCCAGCCAUCCUGCGCUACACCCUAGGGCUCAAUGCCACUUGGCUAGUGAACAGUGCUGCUCACAUGUUUGGCAACCGGCCGUAUGACCAGAACAUCAACCCGCGGGAGAACCCCCUGGUCAGCCUGGGGGCCCUAGGAGAAGGCUUCCACAACUACCACCACACCUUCCCCUAUGACUACUCCACCAGUGAGUUUGGCUGGCGCUUCAACUUAACCACAGCCUUCAUUGACCUCAUGUGCCUGCUGGGGCUGGCCAGUGAUCGCAAGAAGGUCUCCAAGGAGGUCAUCCUGGCUCGGAAAAUGCGGACUGGAGAUGGAAGUCACAAGAGUGGCUGAGCUCCUGCUCCCUUUCACACACACAUCCACACCUCUCCUUCCUCCUUUUUUCUCCCUUUCUUCCUUCCCAACCUCUCCAAACACUCUGGACAAAAGUUUAAUGUUCUGUUAACUAACUACUGAAUAACGCUACCAGUUUGCUUGAGAUAAUGAUAAUGAGUUUUAACGCCCCCCUCCCACGCUGCAUUUUGCGUGAUGUAUUUAAGAUCUAGGACUCUGCCUUUAUAACACAAGGCCACCCUAUCCCCCCCUCUCCUUUUCCUUUCUGUUUUCCUCUCCAGCCUCUCUAACCUGCCUCCUGCUAUACAUUGUCCCGGUCUCUACCUGGAAGAGAAGCUGGUGGGAAGUCACCUGGGGAGGCCCAUUGCAGUUGGCUAUGUAGUGUUUAGUUAAGGGAAGCCUGUACCAGCCAGAGGAAGAGUUGAGCCAAAGUCAGUGACCCUCUCCCCACUACCUUCCCCCUAAAGUUUCUGCCACUGUCCCUACUCUUUUCUCAAGGGCUGCUGACAGACAUGACAUGGCUAAACUGCUCUUCCUGGGAAAAGCAGCCCCAUCCCUUGCUCUUGCCAUCAGAAAGAAGGGUUGUUUCUUUCCAAGAUGUUUCUUGGGAAGUGCUCUCCCCUGCUCCUCACCAUCUAGCCACUCUGGCUGGGGAGAGGAGAGUGCCCAGACUCUCUCAGAUCCCCAGACAGGUCCACCAGUGGCCGGGGGAUGGGGCUACAGUAGUGGGCACUGGAGGGGGAGUGCUGGUGGCCUUAAUUCCCACUCCCUCUGGUGUCACAGCCUCCCUCAGUGCACUGCCCUCUGUGCCACAAGGGACUGAAGGCAGACUGUGACCCUGCGCUCCACAGUUGUUUUGGAGAGCCACAAUGUGGAGGAGGACAGAUGGAGGGGUGUGCCACUGGCUGCCAAGGGGCUGCACCAGCUCAUAGUGAGUUUUGCUCACCUCCACUGCUGAGAUUUUUGCUGGCAAAUGGGACUUUGCCAAAAUGGAGAGGAGGAGAAGGACAUAAACCAAAGCUCCACCUCUGAGUUAAGCUGCUUUAUGUGCUGGAAUAACAGGGUCCCUUCUGGGUGGCAGGCAGAUCCACAUCUUUGCUGAGCACAGGGACAGGACAAGGGAGCACCUGCAGGUGUAGGGAGGAGUGAGGGUGUCUACAGGAGCAGGGACUUUUAUCCCCGGGGGCUCCACUCAACAAGUGCCUGAGAAACACCAGGGUGGGGCCAGGUGGCACAGGGGGCUUGAGGAAGUUGAGACCUCAGGGUGAGACACUGCCACCAGUGUGAGCUACCUCUGUGCUUUCCUGCCCAGGGUCCGCUGUGUCGGUUUGCUGUUCCCUGCUGCCCAGAGGGAGUGGGAAGGAGAGGCAGAAACAGCUCCUUGUUAGUCCCUUCGCUUGCCUCCCAGCCCCCUCGGCGAGCCAUGCUGCCACCUCACUCCUUUGCCAGUGAGCCAGGCAGCGAGGGCGGCUGAGCCUGCAGAAAGGUCAGUUACAUCACUGAGCCCGUGUGGGCAUGCAGCUGGAGGGCACUGGGGGAAAAAGCCCAUGUGGGCGUUGUUUCCUGCAAGCUGCAGAGACCAGCUUGAGUUCAGGCGGUCGGUUACAUUCUGGAUGUUAUGGCGUCAUGCCCCUCACUGAGCUGAACAUGCUUUUUCCCCUUUAAUUCUCCUAGUUAUUAUUAAUUUUUAUUACUAUUAUUAUUAUUAGUUGUAGCAAUAGUACUGUUUUUGUUGCUUCAAUGCAUCAAUCGGAGCUGGAGGAAAGCACAAGAGGUAGCUGGAACAAAGUGACAUUGGAGUGGGGUUUGCAGCAUCUCCCUUAUUCAGGCAGGCCAGGGAAGGCAGAGACAGUGCAGAUGCCAACUUCCUCACCUCAGCUCUGCCACGUCGCAGCCAGGGAAGCUUCACGGGAGAGAGUGUCUGCAGCUUUGUUUCCUCCUGCUGCAGUGAAACUCACCAGGAGCCAGGAUAGCUCUGUGAUAUUCUCCUUAACAAGAACAAGCUUGUUACUCAGAAAAUGAGUCUGUCUCCUCACCUUCCCCUCCCUGCCACCACCACGACCUUGUUUUUGCUCAGCAAUGGGACCCUUUGAGUUUUUGAGCCGUAAGGAGUGAUGUGGUCUCCAGCCAAGAGGAACAAGGACAAAUGAAGAAGAGAGUCCUUCAGCUCCUGGUUUCAGGGGACAGUGUCCUCACUGCUCUGAGGCUCUUGAUUGCCUGGUUGCUGGCUGGAGCAAAGGGACUUGUGGCUAGAGCAGUAUCCUACCAUUUGAAAAAAAAAAAAAAAAAGAAAAAGCUCCCCAAAAAAAGA